UGCUGAUCUGUGCCAUUGUACUUCCUCGCGCGUAAUCUACCUAGGUAACCUAACAUUGCAAAUUCUGCGCAGCGCAAUUGAGGUUAUAACAAUAACUGAAAGCUCAUUUUAGUCCCUCAAAUCCCUUUCCUGUCGACUCCAAGGCAAUCUCCAACAGAUCCGACUUAAUAAGAUAUUUUGAGAUACAAUGAACACUGUCAAGUCUUUCUGGGCUGGCUGGGGAGCUUUGUGCCUUGCCGGCGGCGGAGCAUAUGUAUUCGCAAAGCGUAGCAUCAACGCCGAUCGCCAGGCGCGUUGGGACGAGCAAAAGCGCAAGCGUGCCAUGAUCGAGUCGCUCGAGCAUUCCGACAACAUUAUCAACCUUAAACCUUCGUCGAACGAAUCUCACAGCGCGCCGCCAAGGACAGAUACGGCUGGCUCGCCGAGUCAAGAAUCGAACUCCGAUCCAGCGCCUACGAGGCAUGCGCCAAGCACCGAAGGGGAGAGGGUAGGUGAGAAGAGCAAAUACGAAGCUAGCCAGCCAUUUAGGAGUAUAAAAGGGGACAGAUUUUCGUGAACAACAUCAGAAACUCGCUUCGCAUGAAAAAAGGCGAUGCGGUUCGGAUACGGUGUUCAUCUUGACCUACCAGUGACAGCUGGUCUUCGCCUAUAACGAUUUUGUUCUGCGCGAUUUGAACUAUCAAACCGAAAUGAGAUUGAAACGAGGAGAGUAUGAGCUGUAUGAUAUACGGGUGUAAUGCAAGUUAGAAAUCUCCCCUCAUCAGAGCUAUUUGCGAUCAACGAGUGCUGCGAGAUGUUUCUCGAAACAGGCGAAAAAGAUGGAUACCUGGGGUUGUAACUGAGGUAUGAAUACUAUGUCGAUUAUCAUUGACCAUGCACCAGCUUGACCUUACCAACCCCUCACCAAAGCUUUUCGCGAGGUGCAUGGCCCUAUGUCAAAUUAUAGAGUCGAUAUGCUUCGAAGUGUGUGCAGUGUCGGCAUGCUUUUCAGUAGGACGGGAGGCAAUAACUUGUCGGAGCUCAUACAUACAGUAGC